AUGGCCUGCCCGGGCUCUGGUGACAGCCUCUCCUGGCGUGGUCUUUUGCUCCGCUUGGAGGGUGAAGCAUCCCCCUUCAAGGAUCUCAGCUCUCCGGAACCAGCACAGCCUCCCCAGUCUCCCACAAUAGUCACCCAUGUGACUGCACGACACGUCUUUCACUCCUCUCUUCUGAGAGGCGAAGAUGUCCGCAAAAAGAUUCAAGGCCUCGAAGAAGGGUUCGAUGACCUUCAGGUGUGCGCGGACCCCGGCAUCCCUGAGAAUGGCUUCAGGACGCCCAGCGGAGGGGUUUUCUUUGAAAGCUCUGUCACCCGUUUUCACUGCCAAGACGGAUUCAAACUGAAGGGCUCUACAAAGAGACUGUGUAUGAAGCAUCUAAACGGAACCCUAGGCUGGAUCCCGAGCGACAGACCCGUCUGUGUGCAGGAAGAUUGCCGCAUCCCGCAAAUUGAAGAUGCUGAGAUUCAUAACAAGACAUACAGACACGGAGAUAAGCUAAUCAUCACUUGUCAUGAAGGAUUCAAGAUCCGGUACCCUGACCUAUACAAUGUGGUUUCAUUAUGUCGUGAUGAUGGAACAUGGGACAAUCUGCCCAUCUGUCAAGGCUGUCUGAGACCACUUGCCUCUUCUAAUGGCUACGUGAACAUCUCUGAGUUCCAGACCUCCUUCCCAGUGGGAACUGUCAUCUCCUAUCACUGCUUCCCUGGAUUCAAACUCGAGGGGUCAGAGUAUCUUGAAUGCUUGCACAACCUUAUCUGGUCGUCCAGCCCACCCCGGUGCCUUGCUCUGGAAGCACAGAUCUGUCCGCUACCUCCAAUGGUGAGUCACGGCGAUUUCAUCUGCCACCCGCGACCUUGCGAGCGCUACAACCACGGAACUGUGGUGGAGUUUUACUGCGACCCCGGUUACAGCCUCACCAGUGACUACAAGUACAUCACCUGCCAGUACGGGGAGUGGUUUCCAUCCUAUCAGGUCUACUGCAUCAAGUCAGAGCAAACGUGGCCCAGCACCCAUGAGACCCUUCUGACUACAUGGAAGAUCGUGGCGUUCACGGCGACCAGCGUGCUGCUGGCGCUGCUGCUCGUCAUCCUGGCCAGAAUGUUCCAGACCAAGUUCAAGGCCCACUUUCCCCCCAGGGGACCUCCCAGGAGUUCCAGCAGUGACCCCGACUUUGUGGUAGUGGAUGGCGUGCCCGUCAUGCUCCCGUCCUAUGACGAGGCUGUGAGCGGCGGCUUCAGUGCCUUAGGCCCCGGGUACCUGGCCUCUGUGGGCCAGGGCUGCCCCUUACCCGUGGACGACCAGAGCCCCCCAGCAUACCCCGGCUCAGGGGACACAGACACGGGCCCGGGGGAGUCAGAGACCUGCGACAGCGUCUCAGGCUCUUCGGAGCUGCUCCAGAGUCUAUAUUCACCUCCCACGUGCCAAGGGGGCACCCGCCCCGCUUCCGACAACCCUGACACAGCUCCCAGCACAGCGGGGGAGGUGGCAUCCACCAGCCCGGGCAUCGAUAUUGCAGAUGAGAUCCCUCUAAUGGAAGAAGAUCCAUAA